ACGCGUCUUGGAUGCGUGUGGAUGCCGCAAGGAGCUGGUCCUGCGCAAUGGUGACGUAGAGAUCUUUGGCCGUAUCGCUGCGCCAGCGACCGAGUCGCUUGAAGAGCCGGUCAGGGAUCCCCAAGUUAGCUGCCGCAGUUGCGGCGCCCUUGCGGAAGGAACUCCUCGUCGAAGUGGAUGUCGUUCCACUGGAUGGAGACGAGGUCGGAGUAGCGGAGGAAUGCCGCGAACAUGAGGAGUGGGAUCAGUCCUUUCUGAUAUUCUGCCGGGCUGCUCGACUCAAGGAAGGGGUGUGCCAUGGCGUGCACCUGGUGGAGCGACAAGGGUUCCUUCGUCCUGGUGGUGCACGGGCCGUGGCGUUUGGAGAAUUCCCGAACUUGUGAAGUGAAAGGCCCGCUAGUGGGAGAGGGUUCUCCGGUCAUCCGAUGUGCAAAUGCGACGGCGGAGCACGUAAGGGAUAUGGCGGAUACUGUGGCCUGAUUGUUGAGGGCAUAGACAAGGUAGAGCGCUAGAGUGGUGUCUGUGGCAGGCAGGUAGCUCAGCUUGACCUUCGUGCAAAAGGAGCGGAACUUGAGCCAAUACGGCUCGUAGGUCCUUAUGGUGGAUGGCGCGCGGACAUGACUGAUUACCCGAAGUAGCUGUGUC